CCCCUUCAAUGGGAGGCGUCAGGCCUUGGGGGGAAUCGUCUCUCUCCUCUUGACGACGACCUUCUACUCUGUCUAGCUAACAAUGUCCUUCGCUCGUCAAUUUGUUAACACGGCACAGAUUGCUCGUCCGGUACCUCUUGCCGGUCGCGUGCAACGCUCGGUCGGGCUUGCUCACCUGCAGGCUAGGGGCUAUGCUGCCGAUGCAGCGCAAGCCGACAAUCGGGCUAAACUCGUCUUCCGUAUCAAGCUGCGCGAGAUCCCGAUGGAGCUCUGGCCCCUCGGGGUCGUCGUUGGCGCGUGUGUGGUCGGAGGGACCGUAGCGCUCAUCCGUAUUCUGGUCAACGACCCUGAUUUGAUGCGCCACCGGUCGGUCGGAUCUGGUGCACUGGACAACAACAGCAAGAUCCCGGAGAAGAAAUAAACAGCAGCCGUCUUCCCCAGUUGUACGACUACUCAACCCAAACAACUUCACCUCUACUUCACUGCACGCCCAGACGAAUUCCCCACUCACGAGGACCGUAUCACCUUCACCUUAUCCUAUAUGAAGGGAGGAAACCCAAACUGCACAACGAUUGGCGGGAAGUUCCGUUUCCAAUUGUAGUCCCAGUUCCGCUUCCGCGCUCU